UCCUAUGGAGGCGCAGAGUGGUCCCAGGCCUGCAGGGGUGCUGCUGCCUCUGACUGCAGUUAAGGCUGUAGCCUGAGGUCUCUGGGCAGCCCCAGGAGCCCACAAUAGCAUGUGAGCUGCCACCUGCAACAUGUCAGACGCCUUGGCUAACGCGGUGUGCCAGCGCUGCCAAGCCCGCUUCGCCCCUGCCGAGCGCAUCGUCCACAGCAGCGGGGAGCUGUACCACGAGCACUGCUUCGUGUGCGCCCAGUGCUUCCGGCCGUUCCCCGAGGGGCUCUUCUACGAGUUCGAAGGCCGGAAGUACUGUGAACACGACUUCCAAAUGCUGUUUGCUCCGUGCUGUGGAUCCUGCGGUGAGUUCAUCAUUGGCCGCGUCAUCAAGGCCAUGAACAACAACUGGCACCCGGGCUGCUUCCGCUGCGAGCUGUGCGACGUGGAGCUGGCUGACCUGGGCUUCGUGAAGAACGCGGGCAGGCACCUCUGCCGGCCUUGCCACAACCGCGAGAAGGCCAAGGGCCUGGGCAAGUACAUCUGUCAGCGGUGCCACCUGGUCAUCGAUGAGCAGCCCCUCAUGUUCAGGAACGACGCCUACCACCCCGACCACUUCAGCUGUACCCACUGCGGGAAGGAGCUGACUGCCGAGGCCCGUGAGCUGAAGGGCGAGCUCUACUGCCUGCCUUGCCACGACAAGAUGGGCGUCCCCAUCUGCGGGGCCUGCCGUCGGCCCAUCGAGGGCCGCGUGGUCAAUGCGCUGGGCAAGCAGUGGCACGUGGAGCACUUUGUCUGUGCCAAGUGCGAGAAGCCGUUCCUGGGGCACCGGCACUACGAGAAGAAGGGGCUGGCCUACUGCGAGACCCACUACAACCAGCUCUUUGGGGAUGUCUGCUACAACUGCAGCCAUGUGAUCGAGGGCGACGUGGUGUCAGCCCUCAACAAGGCCUGGUGUGUGAGCUGCUUCUCCUGCUCCACCUGCAACAGCAAGCUCACCCUCAAGAACAAGUUUGUGGAGUUCGACAUGAAGCCCGUGUGCAAGAGGUGCUACGAGAAGUUCCCGCUGGAGCUGAAGAAGCGGCUGAAGAAGCUGUCGGAGCUGACCUCCCGCAAGGCCCAGCCCAAGUCUGUGGACCUCAACUCGGCCUGAAGGCCCUGCCCGCCCGCCUCGUCCCGGCCGGCUCCUCCCGCCCUUGCUGCCUUUUCCGUGCCACCCGCUCCGGUCGUCUGCCCUUGUACUCCACACCUCGGUUUAUCUGUGUGCCCCCGCCUUCCCUCCCCCUUUCUCCUCCUCUCUGCCUCCCAAGUCCCUUCUGUCCUUGGCUGGGGCCCUUCCCUUUCCUUCUGUGCAGAGGCAGGGUCUGGGAGGGGAGCCUGGGACGGGUCUGGGCCCACUCCUGGCAGCCACCUCCGCCUGCGGGUCUCCAGGAGCCUGUCCUGACCUGUCCCUCCCUGCAGGGGUCCUGGUGGCACACACUCUCCUGUGGGGGCCUCUGCCCCAGCGUGGCCGUGCUAUGUGCAUGCUGCCAUCUGGGGUGGCACGGCCAGGGUGGCCCGCCUGAGCCACAGGGCCAGGCCAUGCAGACGGGGCCUCUGGGGGACACCCUUCAGCCCCUCGACACUGCUCAACCAAGUAUUGCCCCUGCUCCCAAACUGGACCAGCAAGUCCUGCCACACCCACCUGCCAGCCACCUGCAGAUCCAGGACCCCACCCACCGCUCAGGGACCUUCCUGAAAUCCCACUUGGGCUGCCUGCCUCUGUCCCCCUUUCCCUGCCCCGGGGCCUGCAUCGAGCCCUCGGGUGGGGCUGCUGGGGGCUGAGGCCCGGGUGGUUCGCUCCCUCCUCCAGGGAGGACACGUCCUCUGUAGCCAGUGCAGAUCUGGCGCUGGGGCUCAUGCUUGCACAAUGA